AUGGAGCUCGUUGUGUCGGGGGACGGCAUCCGCGCGCUCACACACAUCUUGUCAUGCCUGUAUCGGCUGCAUGAUCAUUGUUGGAUGACCGUGUACCGUGAAGAUCCUCAGCAGGACGAUGAUUCAGAUGCCCCUACAGCGCCGCAGGUGCACUGGUCUGCUGUGAACCCAGCUGGAUCAGCCUAUGGCUUAUUUGUGCUGAGUGACGCAUUCUUUGACGUGUUGCGUCCGCCCCAAGACUCGAUGUUUGAGUGCUAUGUGCAUGUGAAGACCUUGCUGGACAUUUUGCGCUCGCAAACGAAAAUGCAUACAUGCACUGUGACUACGGCCGAAGACCGUCUCGUGAUCGUGUUGGAUGGUAAUCAUGGCGUGCAAAAGCGGCAUAAGCUCACGUAUGAGGACCGUCCAUGUGUAUUUCCCGCCGUUGAUAUGACAUCUCCCUAUACCCUGAGUGUGCAACCAUCUAUGGCACGAGACUGGACAGAGAAACUACUCAACACCGGCAAAGCUGGCGAGUGCUCAUUUCAUUGCACACCGACGACCUGUGUGAUACGCAGCUGCGUCUAUGGACCUCUGGAAGGCCACUUGCGACAUUCCAUCCAGACUGAAGUGCGCAUCAGUGUGGAACAAUUGAAGGAAUAUAUCGUGCAGCGUGAUACCAGUAUCUACUUUUCACUAUGGGAGUUUCGUGCUGCUAUAUCAGCAGCAGAGGUCCUUGGUUCGUACGUCCGUCUUGAAUUCGCUCACGGUGGUGAUCCCCUCUUCCUUCGACUCGAUACAGGCGGCACCUUCCGCGGCGAAUUCAUUUUGGCUACGGCUGGCGAGCCCACGUCCGCACCACCCCCACCUCCGAAGAAACGCACCGCUCCGCCUUUGAAGCAGCCCGUUCGUCGCCCACAGCCCACGGCAGAGGUCGCCAUCAAGGAAAGCCAAGAUGACGAUGUGCUGCCUGUGCGACCCAAGCCAGAACCAUCUCCGACAACCACGCCCAUUCCACACGAUUUUGAAGAAAAUUGGACAGUCUAUGAAGCUCCCGACGAAGAAGUACCUCCCACGCAAACCACGGAACCCACCCGCAUGUUUGAGCCCCUGUUUCCCUAG